AUGACCACAUCAUCUGUUUCCAAGCUGUUUUGUAUUCUUACCAAGAAGAAAAAGACUUCUUUGACAGUAGGACUGUCUGACUAUUUUAAUGAAGAUCUUCGAGAUUCUGAAGAUGGCAAAAAGUGGUUUGAGAGCUGCCAGUUACUAUGGCAACAGAUGAAAUCCCAGACAGAGCAACUUCAAGAGGAACUGAACAAAAGGCUUUUUGAGAACCUGAUAGGCUUUUUAAGAAAAUCCCAUGCUGGUUUUCAUGGUAAGAAAGAUUAUUGGCGCUGUAGGAUGAGAGCGAGUGAGAUUCCAACAGCCGCACUUGUUCUUGGUAUGUUUGAAAAUAAACUGUUAGAAAUGAAAGAAAAAAGAAGAGCUAAGAAACCCACAAAGUUUGAGUUGCUCCGACAAGACGUGGUUGACUUUAUAGACGAACUAGCUUUUGCAGCUGUGGUCCAUGCUGCUGAGGGAAGCAACUCAGAUUUAAUUCAACAGGUUGAUGAAGUCACCCAGUAUCCUUUAGGUGUUUAG